AUGAUGCUCUCUUCCAGAAACCUUGCACUUGUGCUUCUCCUUGCCCUCAUCUCCAUUGUGGUGGCACAGAACGAACAAGCCCCUGCACGCAACCUUGGAGGUAACAUUCGUGGUGGAAUCCGAACCCAUGCUGCCCGUAUGCUUGGCGUUGGUCCCCGACCAGUCGAUGACGAUGAACUUGGUUCGUCAAAGGGAAGUGGAAAUGACGAUGAACUUGGUUCAUCCAAAGGAAGUGGAAAAGGAGGCUCUGGCAAGGGUGGGUCUUCUGGAAAAGGAGGGUCUUCCGAUAUGAGUUCUGGAAAGGGAGGCUCUGGCAAGGGUGGAUCAUCGGGCAAGGGAGGCUCUGGUAAGGGAGGCUCUGGUAAGGGUGGAUCAUCCGGCAAGGGUGGAUCUUCCGAUAUGAGUUCUGGAAAGGGUGGCUCUGGCAAGGGUGGAUCUGACUCUGGUAUGUCUUCUGGAAAGGGAGGUUCCGGUAAGGGUGGAUCAUCUGGCAUGUCUUCAGGAAAGGGAGGCUCCGGCAAGGGUGGAUCUGACUCUGGCAUGUCUUCUGGAAAGGGUGGAUCUGACUCUGGUAUGUCUUCCGGAAAGGGUGGAUCAUCCGGCAAGGGUGGAUCCGGAUCUGGUAUGUCUUCUGGCAAGGGUGGGUCAUCCGGCAAGGGCGGAUCUUCUUCUGGAAAGGGUGGAUCUGAAUCUGGUUCUGGUUCUAGCAAGGGCAAGGGCAAGGGGGGUUCUGGAUCUGGAUCUGGAUCUGGAUCUAGUUCUGGCUCUAGCAAGGGCAAGGGCGGAUCCUCCAAGAGCGGAUCUGGCUCUAGCAAGGGCAAGGGCGGAAAGGGUGGAAAGGGAGCCAAGAAGUCGUCCAGUUCUUCGGGCGACACCAAGAUGGACCACAGACUUUCCGCCGGUAGCGCCAGUCGUCGCUAA